ACUACUCCAAUAAGAUUCAAAUGAGAUAAUGGGAAAUAAUUAUAACCAUUUCCUCUAAAAACAUAGAAAAUAUAAUCUAUUUAAAAAAAAAUAUUACGSAUGUUUUCAAAUAUUUAUAUGUUCAAAUAUUCUUACUGCACGAUCAGGAACCGUCUUACUCAUGAAAAACAAAAAAAAAAAAAGUUUUAUAGUCUGUGCCAACGUAUUUCCUAAUAAGAUUAACUAUAAAACUUACAAAAACAAAGCAAAAAGAGCUGUAUUCAUCUAUCCAUGCGUGUCUAUAUACUACAAUUAUUUAUCAUUCGUGUUUUUAAAAACGAGAUUGUUUUGAAAAAAAAAGUGACGCAGUGAGAGAAAAACAAGACUAUGGGGGGGUGUGUAAACAAAGUUUUUUUCCUUCAUUUGUUGAUAUCAAUACACCACAUACGAAUAUAUUUUAUAUAUAGCAACGGAACUGUUUUUGAUUGUUCGUUACCUGCACGAUGUUAUUCCAGUGUUUGUUUACGGUAUUACAGUAUAAGAGUCAAGUACGAAAACACAUAUAUCGCGAACAGAUGCAAAUGAGCACCGUUCUUUUAUGACGAWAAAGUGAUUAUGCAAAUAGUGACAAUUGUACGGCAUUGUGUUACUUUGACGAUUGGCUGAGCUCAUAAAGAACGUAAAGYCUUUUGACAGCAUUUGAAAGMCUUAAUACAAAGAAGAAAACAGCAAACGCGAUGCUCMAAUCGWCCACUGACUCAUGUCAGCCGUGAGWAAGUUUUCUACAGAUGUUCGCUGGAAUAAACGGAGCAAAACGAMCUUGUGUCGUCUUCAGCUAUAAAGGAAUUUCUAUCGACCUUUAAAGUGUUAUGAUACUUAAAACCGCUGUCGGCUAGGCAACGAUCAAUGUGGUCGACUGAGCCGAUUGCAAAUGGCUUCAAUCAAGUUCUAUCUCCAGCUGAAACUUCAUUAGAUGAUUUAGACGACAUACAGUUUAGUUUCCGUGGCUUUCAGGGUCAAGAGAAAAACAGCAAGCCUCUGGAGACAAUUCGCGAGAAGAAUGGAGCGCAUAAACUUGAUGUUUUGGGUCGAAUUAAGCAAGAUAUCGCUCGUGAUGAUAAACUGGCUCUUCAUCAAUCUCUAAGUCUACCAUCGGGCACGACAAAAAGCGGUGACUCGAUGAUAAACUCAAAUGAUGAAUCAUCGACCACACGUACUGUAGACAUUACAAGAACAAGUAAAGAUCCUUUGGGAUUUUUCAUUCGACAAGGCGAUGGACUCACUAAAAAAACCGGUAUAUUCAUUUCUCGAGUUACUAAAGGAAGUUUGGUGGACUGCGGCAACCUAUUGAAAGUUGGCGAUGAAAUCUUGAAAAUAAAUGAUGUUGACAUUAUGGGAUAUUGUCUGAUUGAUGUUGUAGAGCUUAUUCAAGCCCAGACUCAUCUAAACCUUACGUUACGAAAACAAAACCGCGCUCCAGGAUGUGCUAGACCAGGAAUUUACACACGGCAUAGCUCGCCAAAUUUAUUUAAACCMAAUACGAAGGACCAGCAGAAAGGAAUACUCUCAAGGGAUGAUAGCCAACAAUUAAUGACAAGUAAUACUCCAAAAGACAAACAAAAGGAGCAGUUUAGUGACAGGUCAAAUGCUAAUGACUUUGAUUCUUCUGAACUUUCUAAAAAUACCUCUACAAUAGAUGAGCUUAUACGACUUUUGAGAGCGCACACUGAGGAGCAAAAUCGCCUGCAAAAAGGCGAAUCAAAAAAUCCCACGCCUGAUGGACAUUCUGAUAAUACCCUGAAGAAUAAGUCARUUGUUAGUAGUAAUCCCGAUUUCUUAACAAGACAAGCAAACGCUUAUGAACCAAAGAAAGUCAGUACAAUAACGCCAACAACAACUGUUGAUCUUGUUUUUGACGAUACUGAUACAGGAACAGUUAUUAAGUCACUGCAAAGUACGAAAAAAUCGGAACAAAGCCCGACAAAAUUCGAACUAACUCCAAAAACAUUCGAACAAAAUUCGAAAAAAAUCGAAGAAAGUGCGAAAAAAUCCGAACAAAGCCCGAAAAAAUCCGAACAAAGCCCGAGAAAAUCCGAACAUCCAUAUCACAGAAURAGCAUCACUAAAUCUCCUGAAAAAUCAUCAUUUGAUCAAAGUCUAAUGGCAAAAGAGUCAUCCAAGCUAGAUGUUGUACAUCGUCCUCGGAGCAGAUCAAGUUCUUAUGGUAGUGGUUCUGAAGGCUCGAGUCCCAAACCCAGGCGUCGAUUACCGAGUCUUCCAACUGAAGAUGUACACAGAAAAAGAACGGAAUCGACUUUGUCGGUACGAACUUGUGCGGAGAACAAGMCACGUCGCAAGCUACCUUCACCCCCGGCCUCACCAGUUAUGGACCAAAGACAUUUUGGAAUGAAGCUUAAUGGUACUUCGGAUCGACGACAAAAGACAAUGAGUUGGGCCGGGCCGGAAAUUGGCUCCCUUACAGAAAUCAAAGAACUCAUUUCAAAUUCGAAAAGAAAUGAUACUAACAAUAACAAGUUUACAAAAGAAAAAUCACCCGGAAAGCAACAAGMCCAUCAAGAUCUUGAUCACGGGGCUACUCCCAAGACAUACAUGUACAGGGACCAACCAGAGCAGCAUUCUGUGCGCGGUUCAGUAGUCUAUAGAAGGAGUGAGUCUCAAUAUUCUGACUUCUACGAGCAGCAAAGACAUUCCAUGUUCCUGCAAACCGUGUCAUCUGGUAAAUCGUCUUUGGGUAGCUCUUUAAGUAGCACUGCAAGUCUGUCAUUAUCGUUUGAAAUGGAGUCUGACUCAGAGUCAACCAAGAAUUCGAAGAGUGAUUUUAAAUACUCAUCGUCUGGAAGUGCUACUCUCAAAGUUAAAUCAAGAGAGAGUUCACCUCUAAUGCGACGACGUGCAAGCUCAUCGCUUUUGUUUGGRAAAAGUAGAGACAAGUCACCAGCACUUCCUGGAAAAGUCGAGAGUGAUCCYAGUUUCAAAUUGUACCCGGAUGAUUAUAAAGACAUUGACUUGACGUGCACUCACGCUGUUUCAGGAAUGAUGAAAGUUAGAAUUAUUAAAGCUGUAAAUCUCAAUUCAAUUGACAAGAAAAAAUYGAAAAAGAUUUUCUGUGCUGUUGAAGUAGAUUUCGAAAGAAAGGCUUGUACUCUUCAGAAGAAAGUUUCAAGAAAUCCCACAUGGGAUGAAGUUUUUGAUGUUGAAAUUCAACAUGGACGCGAAAUGAUGUUYUUGUGUUACGGUUCGAAGAAAGAAUUUGAUAAACCAAUCGCGCGUGCGUCGUWCUUCCUAACACCGCUGGUCCGUCAAUCGCAGGCUCAUGCCUUAGUAAUACGUUUAGAACCUGAGGGAUUGUUAUAUAURGAACUGGAGUUCACUGAGAUCAAGACUCUCUUAAAGCGCACGCCGUCUAGYAAAAAYUCUGGAGUAUUUGGUUUUAAUCUCUCAGUCACUUCAAAGCAAGAACAAUGUGAYGUUCCKCUUGUUGUCAGGAAGUGUGUUUGYGAAAUAGAGAAAAGAGGCCUGGACACUGUCGGCUURUACAGGAUAUCUGGCAAUGCCAGGAAAAAGGAGAAYCUCAAGACCCAAUUCGAAGAAAACAGCCAGGCAGCUGAUAUCUCAGCAGAAAACUGUCCAGAYAUUAACGUAGUGACAGGAAUCUUGAAAGACUAUUUGAGAGAACUCCCUGAACCUUUGAUUACUGAGAAAAUGUCUCAGAAACUGCUUCACGGAAUCAGGGAAAACAUACAAGAGAGAGAACCAAUCGAGAAGAAGAGGUUCCUAUGGAGACUUCUCUCAGAACUUCCUGAAAGUAACAAGAACACUCUGGUCUUUAUACUUACUCAUCUUUGUCGAGUGAUGAGCAACCCUGACAACAAGAUGGACAGCCGUAAUUUGUCAGUUUGUUUAGCUCCUGUUUUGCAGUACUCUCCCACAAAUCUCACCCAACCUAAGGAUUUGCUCGGACUUCGGACAUUUCUCAAGGCCGUAGAGGUACUGAUAGAAAUGUGGAGCGA